GUGCUCCGGGGGAGGCUCCGAGCCCCGCUCCGCUGCCGGGGAUGCUCCGGGACGCGGGCGGGAGUGGGAAUGGACUGCGGAGGGAAGGCUCUGGCAGUGGGUGAGCACAACACAGCUGGAGUGCCACAAAGUGCUGAGCCUUUCAGCCUUUCAGCGUCUUCUGCUGCUGUAUGUGUGGUGUUCGGAACAUCUUGGAUGCUCUCGUUGCCAUUAGCGAAGCGGUGUUAAUGAGUGAGGCUUUUGUGCAUUUGCUGCGUUGGGAGCAAUGUUUGAGUGACUUUUUCUGUAACAGAUGAAAGGUCAUGGACACAAACCUUUGUUUUUUCACUGUCAGAUCAGCCGCAGCUUCUCAAACCCUUGCAACAUAAUUGACCUUUACUGUCUGUUUGUGACAAGCCGACUGUCUAUGGUUCUUUGUGGGGUUUUUUUUCCACGAUAAUUGUUAGUGGGGGCGUAGUUAGGCUUGGACAAGGCACAAGGAGUGUAAGAGGCACUCACUGCUGCUGGUUCUUUUGAGCUGGAAGAUUGAGUCUUUGUGAGUAAUCCAAGAGAAACAAGUGCCAACCACUGCCACGUUUUCAUCUGUUGGUAAACAUCAGCUGCUGGUUGGCCUUGAGGGAGGAAGAGUGAAUUAGUUCCAGAUGGAGAACUCUUUCAGCCCAUUUAGACUUUCCAGUUGAUUUAAGCCAGCAGGCAGAAGACACGGAGCAGCCCAGAUGAAGAAGAAUGUGGAGUUCAUAUUCCUGCAAGAUGUUCUUUGGGGGACCAAGGCCACUUUUCCAGGCCCCUGGGAGAUGAAGCAUUAAGCCCAUGACAUUUUUGUUGCUGUGUCAGUGUUGCUUUGUGCGAAGGACAAAUAACUGAUUUUUUUUCACCUCACCAUGUCGGCUGUGACAAGUGCCACCAUCCCGGACACCCUGAGUCCUCCCCAGCUGGAGGAGAAGCCAAAGGGCAAAUCCCUGUUCCAGCUGGGCUCACUUUUUGCUAACAGGAGUGAGAAAUUUGUGAUUGCUCGCAGUGACAGCUUGCCAGAGGAGAAUGUCCUGAAGAUCACGAUCACAGAGACCACGGUCAUCGAGUCCGACCUGGGCAUCUGGAACUCCCACGCCCUCAUCUACCUCACUCUCUGGUUUUUCUUCAGCUUUUGCACUCUGUUCCUUAACAAAUACAUCCUGUCCUUGCUGGAGGGAGAGCCCAGCAUGCUUGGUGCUGUUCAAAUGCUUUCCACCACCUUCAUUGGCUGCAUCAAGAUGUUUGUCCCAUGCUGUCUGUACCAGCACAAAACUCGCAUCUCCUACCCCCCCAACUUCAUCAUGAUCAUGCUCUUUGUUGGGUUAAUGAGAUUUGCAACAGUGGUCCUGGGCCUGGUCAGCCUGAAGAACGUGGCAGUUUCAUUUGCAGAAACUGUGAAAAGCUCUGCUCCUAUUUUCACUGUCAUCAUGUCCCGGAUGAUUUUGGGGGAAUACACUGGAUUGCUGGUGAAUCUCUCCCUGAUCCCUGUGAUGGGGGGGCUGGCUCUGUGCACUGCCACUGAAAUCAGCUUCAACAUCCUGGGCUUCUCUGCAGCCCUGUCCACCAACAUCAUGGACUGUUUGCAAAACGUCUUUUCCAAAAAACUACUCAGUGGAGAUAAAUACAGAUUUUCAGCCCCAGAGCUUCAAUUCUACACAAGUGCUGCUGCUGUGGUUAUGCUUAUUCCAGCUUGGAUAUUUUUCAUGGACGUGCCUGUGAUUGGGAAAAGUGGGAGGAGCUUCAGCUACAACCAGGAUAUUGUCAUUCUCCUGCUGAUAGAUGGAGUCCUGUUCCACCUGCAGAGUGUCACAGCCUAUGCCUUGAUGGGGAAAAUUUCUCCUGUGACUUUCAGCGUUGCCAGCACAGUCAAGCACGCCCUGUCCAUCUGGCUCAGCAUCAUCGUGUUUGGGAACAAGAUCACCAGCCUGUCAGCUGUGGGCACUGUCCUGGUCACCGUGGGGGUCCUGCUCUACAACAAGGCCAAGCAGCACCAGCAGGAGACCCUGCAGAGCCUGGCCAUGGCCCCACAGCCCCUGCCAGGACCCACCGAGGACACCGAGCCCCUGAUCCCCAAGGACUUGGAACCCUAUGAUUAAUGGGGCCCCAAGGAAAUCCUCCUGGAUGUGCUUGUUCCUUUGGUUCCUUUGAGGUCCUGGCAGGUCUCACCCAGGACUUGACGCAGGAAGGAGCUGGGAAGGAUCCAGUAAAGCCUUGGGAAUCUGAUGCCUCAAAGAGAGGAUGUAGAACGUGUUUAACGUGGGCUUUGUGGUCUUUCCUCGACUGCAAAUCAUGUCCAAGCCUGUGCUGGUGGAAGAACUUUGGUGUCUUGUGGGAAAACAAUUCCUGUCUCCCUCCCCAUCCAAAUAAUGUGAAAAUGUGGCCCCACCACUGAAUUCUGCUGGCAGAGGGAUGGAGUUGGUGCCUCGUGGAAAUUCCUGGUUGUUGCUCUGCAUUUCCUGCAUCCUCUGUCAUUCCUGUGUGGUGUGGAGAUGGAAGAGGUCCAAGGAGGGCAUUGGCCCACUCUGCUCUGCCCUGGGGUGGCCUCACCUCAAGCCCUGAGGGCUUUUUGGGGUCCCAAAACCUGCCAGAGCUCCAGGAGCAUUUGGAUAGCACAAGAUGGGAUGUUGGGGUGUCUGUGCAGGGAUCCUUGUGGGUCCCCUCCCACUCAGGACAUUCCAUAAUUCUGAGAAGGACUGGAAUUCCCACCCUGCUCUCCCAAAAUACAAAAAAAACUUUUUAGGUUUGCUUGAAGCAAAUUAUGGGAAACGAGGUGUGGUGAGCACCUACUGCUGACGUGGAUUGGAUUGGUUUUCCUCCUAAAAUUUAACGUGGAAAUACCUUAUUCCAAUCAUUUAUUGACAAAAACUGAAAUGCAAGUAUUCACACACAUACCCUGUGUAAAUGGAGUGUUCAGUUCAAUACUUGUAGCUGCUUGGAGGUAAAAAAACCACUGAAAAAUGGGUGACAAAGGAAGCAGGAGCUCUGUAUUUCUGUAAAAAAAACAUUUUGUUGUUUUAAUUUCUUUUUAUUAUGCAUGAGGAAAAAAAUUAAUGGUUUUUUUUUAUAUUAUUUCUAAGAGUGCAACAAAAGGCUGCCUUUUAGAAACUCAGGGUUAUGAGUCUGACCUGUGUGUAAAAUAUCUAAUUUCUGGUUAUGUACAGAUAUCUCAGAGGCAUCUGUGACAGAUGGGAGGAAUAUUAACCAUAAACUGAGGCAAAUCUUUAUUUCUGCUGCUCUUAAGUUUCCUUUUUUUUUAAGGAAAUUUGUUUUUGCGGUAGAUCAAAGAUUGAAAGUUCACUUUCCUUUUCAAAAUUCUCCAGAGCAGUCAUUAGUUUUAGCAAAAAAAAAAGCGCACAUGUAGCUACAAAAACAUUCACAUGGACUUUUUGGGAACAAAACUGAAGUUAAAAUGAGUGGAUUUUAAUAAUUGCCACUCUUCUGGAAUGUUGGAGCAUGGAUAUAUGGUGGUCUUUAACAGGAAGUUGCCACUGGAAUUCCUGUAAAAUUACAUUUCCACACCUGAGUGGCUGCCUGGGGAGAUUCCCUGAAGAUCUGAAGGAGGGAAAUGCCAAUUUUUUCAUCUUUGUGUAUGUGAUAUGUCUGUGGUAUUUUGUUUUCUUUUGUACUUCUGUCACUUUUAUAAAAACUGUGGACUGUGGCGUGGAGCUCUGUGGAACUUUUUGUUUUCUGCCAAAUACAUUGAGAUUUUUAAAAGGACCACUACAAAAAAAAACCUGUGGUUUGUGUCAUAUUUCUGCUUUAGGAUACAGAAAUCCCAGAUUUGUUCUGACAUUAAUCCCACCAUCAGCUGCUUGAGGUUCAUUUUAAAACCCAGCAGGUUUUUGGGUUUUUUGUGACCAGGCAGAGCCCUGGGAGGAUUUGGGAAUGGGAUUUGAGCUCCUGGGUGGCAGCAGAACCCCCCCUGUCCUGUUCCAGCCUUGAUCUCGUAGAUUUUUCUUUGCCUUUUUUUUCAGCCUUUACCUUCCUUAGAUUAAACAAAACAACCUCGUGGCUGUCAA